CUAGUCUUAUCAGUCAACACAAUGGAACGCUCGAGCACGCAAUUCGAUAAAUACACCAAAAUUUGGAGUGGACCAAGGCCGGCGAACUUCUUCGAUGUGGACUGUUCGAUUGGUAAAAUUCUUUUCGCCUUUAUGCGGAACCAUCCGUCCAGCAUAUGUCAGAUUUCAGAUACCGAGGGCACGGCUCUGACCAAUGGCGAGGCCAUAACCUUUGCCAUCCGCAUUGCCCAGCAGUUGAAGGCUCUGGGACUGAAACAGGACGAUGUGGUGGGCAUCGCUGGAACCAACACCACGUACCUCAUGCCAGUGGUGCUCGGAUGCCUACUAAAUGGAUCGCCAUUCCACGCAGUUAGUCCCUGGCACGACGAGGACACCAUGAAGCAUCUGUUCUCCAUCACCCGUCCGAGGAUCAUCUUUUGCGAUGGUUAUGUCUACCAGCGACUGAGCAUCAUAGCCAGGAUACUCAAGAGCCAUGUCUACACACUGAAGGACCAUCGACUGGGCAUGCCGCGGGUUGAGGAUCUGUUGGAACCCACCAAAGCAGAGCUGUACUAUGUACCCGAAACUCUUCUCCUGGGCGGCGAUCAUACAGUGGCCAUUCUCUGCACUUCGGGAACUACGGGUCUUCCUAAGGCCGUUUGCAUAAGCAACUCAGCUUGCCUCUUUGAUUUUGGCUUUGUUACUGGCCAAGAUGUGCUGCUCUCCUUCAGCACCAUCGACUGGUCUUCGGGGAUGUUCAACAUGCUCUUCAGCUGCUGCCACGGAUCCACGCGGAUAAUCACGGAUAGGUCUUAUACACCGGAGUAUAUGCUGCAACUGGUGGAGAAGUACAAGGUGACCCUGUUGACAGUGGUGCCGCAGCAGGUGGCCUCGCUCCUCAAGACCCCCACACUCAGUAAGCAGCGACUGUCCAGCAUCCGGUUCGUGAGCGUAGGUGGUGGCUCCUGCUACGUGGCCAAUCUGCUGAAGCUGCAGGACUUCCUGAUCACAGGGCAGAUAUCCUACGGAUAUGCCCUAACCGAGUGCGGAGGAGUGGCGGCCAAUAUGGGAGUGUCGAAGCCCUCGUCGGUGGGCAGGAUAGUGCCGGGAGUGCGGGUGAAAAUCCUGGACGAUGCCGGUCGGAGUCUGGGACAUGGCGAGACGGGCGAAAUCCUGGUGCACAAUGGAAAGGUCUGGAAUGGCUACUAUGCCAACCCCAACGAAUCGAAGCGCAUGCAGGACUACCAGGGCUGGUUCCACACCGGCGAUAUGGGCUACUUCGACGACGAGAACUACUUGCACAUCGUGGAGCGGAAGGGAGAUCUCCUGCGCUUCCAUGGCGCCCAGUAUUGUCCCCAGGAACUGGAGCAGGUCAUCGCCGAGCUGCCCGAUGUGAUUGAGGCCUGCGUCUUUGGACUUUGGAAUGAGGUGGAUGGUGACCCUGCGGCGGCGGCUGUCGUGAAGGUACCUGGAAGUCGGCUCACCGAAAUGGACAUUGUGGAGUACGUGGCCAAGCGCCUGGUGGUCAAACACAAGCAGCUCCACUGCGGCGUCUUCUUCUUACCCGAGUUGCCAAAAACCGGAAGUGGCAAGGUCCUACGACAGCAGGCACGCGAUCAGGCACUGGGCAAAAAAUGGGCCGACUACGGCAACGGACACUAAUCAUUCAAUAGACAUAAUUCUGUUAGGCUUAGAGACAAUUAGUUAUUACCAACGGGUGACUCACCCAGUUAGCGUUCAAGUACUGCCGAAAAAAUAAAACACAGACCCAAACAUAAGUAGGCAAAA